GUUGGAUAGCUGAACUUUAUUUCAGAUUAGACAGAUUUACAGUGAACAGUUUUGACAUUUAGUGCAACACCUCCCCACACCUCCACACCAAAAACAAAACAAAACAAACAAACAAAAAACAGCUUUAUGUUGAUUCUUUACUUUGUUUUGCUGCUUGUCAACAGAAAAAGCACAAUGGCUGUCAGAACAAUAAAAGCCCAGGCUAAUUAAACAAGGAAUGUUAUCAGUGAGUCCUGCUCGGUGAGAAAACAGGAUAACUAUGACAUCAUGAAUAGUUUAAAAAUAAAAACAAUAAUAAAAAAUGAAAAGGUCACAUCAUUCUCAAUCUUCAUUUUAAAUUUGAGAAAACUUCGCAGAAUGUUUAGUUAGGAGCGACUAUUUUGUUGCAGCCACAAAGAAAUGAGCUGGGGAAAACAUCUCUGUCUGAGCUAUUAAAGAAAAAAAAAAGUGUGUUCGCUGUGAGGAGUUAAUGAGUUAUUAAAGCGGAGCUGAAACAUUUCAGUAAAGCAGAGAGAACAGUUAGUUUUAUGUUCUUCAAAGGCUCCCACUGUCCCCUAGCUCCUCCCUCUCUGUACCGUGUGACAACAACAACUCAUCCACAGAGCGGUGCUGCACUUUUCAGCUCAUUUUCCUCCUGUCAUUCCUCCUCCUAUCUUUGAUCAUUGUCCCCUCUCAGAAAAAAAACGAGAGAAAAAAUUCACUCAGCACGCCUUUUUUCGCUCUAGCUCUUUUUUUUUUUUUUUUUUUUUUUCUACUUCCCAACUUAACUGAGGAGCUAAAACUCUGAAGGAUUCUUUCAUUUAAGGGUGUCUCGGCAGGCUGGCUUUUUUACUUUGAACUUCGGGCUGCUUUCCUUUUUUUUUUUUUUCUUCCCCUUCCUCUCGUUAGGUGACCAUGGCCGUACCGGCUGCUCUGAUCCCACCAACUCCGCUCGUCCCGCCGCCUCCGAUCUCCACUUCCUCCGCCACCACGUCCCCGCCGUCGACAACUUCGUCCCCGUCCCCGUCCCUGGUGCCGCCGACGGGACCCUGCCAGAACCUAUUCAGAUCGGAGCUCCUCGCCACCAGCAGCCCGGGCAUCCCGACCCCGAACGCGGCUCUGCCCCCUAGCAAGCCCGUCUACUCGACCCCGUCGCCCGUCGAGAACAUCCCGCAGAACAACGAGUGCAAGAUGGUCGAGCUGCGCGGCGCCAAGGUGGCAUCGUUCACCGUGGACGGCUGCGAGCUCAUCUGCCUCCCGCAGGCGUUCGACCUGUUCCUGAAGCACCUGGUCGGCGGGCUGCACACGGUCUACACCAAGCUGAAGCGGCUGGAGAUCACGCCGGUCGUGUGCAACGUGGAGCAGGUCCGCAUCCUCAGGGGGCUCGGCGCCAUCCAGCCCGGGGUGAACCGCUGCAAGCUCAUCUCCAGGAAGGACUUCGAGACGCUCUACAACGACUGCACCAACGCGAGGUGAGUGCGGAGCUCCGCUGUGCGCGCGCCCUCCUCGCCAGCAAGAGAGCCGUGCGUAAAGGCGCAGCGGCAUGCCUGGAUGCAUGCAUGCAUGCGAGAGGGGGGGAAAGACGGUCUUUUUCUUCCCCCCUCCAACUUCAAUGCAAAAAAAAAAAAAAAAAAAAAAGCUGGAUUUGGCGUUAUUCAUAUUGUUAUUUGAUGAUUCUUGUGUAUACGUGUGAAAGGUUUGAGUAUGAUCGUGGAUGAAUGUCAAAAUUGAAAUAUCGGGUGGUGGUUGUGGGGGCGUAGGGGGAGGGGGUGCGAUCGUAGGAUCUGCUCUGCGCCUCGGCAGUUAAAAAGUUGAGUGAAAGUUUUUAACACGUGCAACGCAAAAGCUGUGACAUGAUGGAUACAGCCUGUCUGCUGCUGAGCCAGUAAAUCGAUAACAGUGGAGCGUUGAAUAAACUGCAGAUCCAACUCUACCACUUUUUUUAUUUUUAUUUUUAGAAAAUGUUAAAACAUUUAGCAAUUUUUGGAAAUGUUAAGUUCUCCCUUUAGAUUUGCGCAACUCCUUUUAUUUUUUAUAUAUAUUUUAAUGACCGAAAUAUAACUAGGGUAGGUUUCCUUUAAAGUCCAUACAUUUGUGGGAUUAAGGUUUCAGUUAGGAUAAUUAAAAUUUGCUGAAUGUAAACAAAUAGAGACAAAACAAAAAAAAAACAAUUCUGUCAUAUUUCUUUCUUACAUUUUGGUAGCAACAAAAUAAUACUAACACUCCUAUUAAAGCAAGAGUUUAUUAAAAAGUUGUCAUUUAUUGGUGCAAAUAAUUCUACUUCAAUCAAACAUCAUUGAUUGAGAUAGAAUAAUAAUAAUGAUAAUAACAAAAAAUAGUUUGAACAAAUGAAUGCAUUGCCACAAAUCAAGCAAAAUAACCUUGAUCUGUUUUUGAAAGCUGACUGAUUUAAGCACAGAUCAAUACUGGAUUAAAAGCCAUUUUUUAUUGUCCUGUUGCUCCUCGUCUGUGAUGCAUCGCUCAAGUCUCCCAGGACGGUGGAGCCUGGUCAAAUUUACCCUCUCACCUGUCACUGUGAUUGAUUCUGUAUUGAUCGCUCCCUCUUGCAUUCAGAGAUGAGCUGGAAAUGCAAAUAUGAUGGAAAGCCUCCCCACAAGUGAGGCGGGAACCGGCAAAAUAGAAGCAGUUAAAGUCACUUUGAGUCUCGGUUUAGAACAGAGAAGCACCAAUCGAGUAGUUCAAAGGCUGGGAAAUAUUUCGCUUGUUGACUUAAUGCAUUAAAACUGAUAACUCCUCCUGUUCUCCGUCUGUAAAUGCAUCAAUCAGCAGCAGGCGAGGAGGUGCACAAUUUCCAGUUUCAGAUAAAUGUCACAGAUAGAUGUUUUUAUGCGAGAGCGCGGAUGAUCUUGUUAUUCCUUCAUUUUCUACUAAAUUGAAAACCGUUACAUUCCUCAAAGAACCUGGAGGACAUUUUCCUUCUUUUGUAUUUUGCUACAGUAGAAAAGAAUAAAAAAAAAAGAUCUUGUCUGGAAUCGGCCAAGGGAAGCCUGAUUAGUGCACGUCUUGUUUAGAAGUGUGCAGUUUUUUGUUUUUGUUGCUGAAUUAACCGGUCGAGCUAAUGUGGGGAGAAGAAAUGAUGAAGUAAGUUGAGCUGUGCAGAAUUUAAUUACAAAUAUCCUGAAGGCUCGGACGGUACUUUGUUUUUAAUUUUUAAUUUUUUUAGAAAUUUUCAAAGUGAUCUAGUCAAAUUAGCCAUUUUUCCAUGUCACACAUGAACGGUUGUGUUGCUGCUGCAUUUAAACAUGUGGAAUAACCUGCAACCUGUGUUUUUGCACCUGUGGGCCUCACACACCUCCGUGCAGCUCUCUGCUGCAAGCUUCACGUUCCCUUUUUUAGCAGCAAUUGUCUCAACAGCUCACCUGUGCACUCUGGUGCUUAAGCAUCAUUUACAUGAAGCAUCAAAGGACCUGAACACCCCAUCACAACCCCCCCAUCCCCACCUCCCCCACUAUAUCUACUGUACAGAUCCUCCUCUGAAGCUCGGCGUGGAGCUUCAGGUGACAAAGUAUGCGGCUGAACUCUCCGGGUUGUCAAUGGUGGGGCCGGGCGGGGAGGGAAGAGGGACGACUAGCGAUGGGGUUAAAGGAUAAUGCAGUGCCUCGCGUCGCUUUAAUGACGCUAAAGUGCUGGGCUAUUACGGGCACACGGACAGGACUGUAAUUGUCUCUGAAAGCAGCCAGGUUCUCCCGGCGCUGGGCUGAAAUCAAUCACUCAGACCCAGGUCUGCCUACCCGCCUGCCCGCCUGCUUGCCUGCCCGCCUGCCUGCCCCAUUUGGAGAAUUACAUCAUGGAACGGACCGAGGCAUCCGCAGGGAUAAAAGGCUUCUUCUGUUGCCUGGGAAAGAGUUUGAUUUUAUUUGCGGGGAUGUGCCGCCUCUCGCUCCGUCUCGCCCCGCUGAUACAGCUGCUGACAAAAUGAUCACUUUGAGUAAACAGCACACAGGUUUCAACUAUCCCACCCCCCCAAAAAAACAAACAAACAAACAAUAACAAAAAAAACACCCACACCCCACUGACCUCGGAGGUGAAAACAAGUUCCCUCUAUUUCCACCAACUUACAGUCAGAUAAAAAAAAAAAAAAAGGAAAGGAAAAGUAUCCGAGUUCACGGGUUUACCCCACUCGGGUUACAACAACAACAGCCUGCUGCCUGGGAUAGUUUAGCUUUUCAUCCCCCCCUAUUACACACAGUGUCACUGCUCUUUUUUUAUACAGUGGCACAGUGAUAACAAUGAAGUGAAUAAUACUCCUAUACAAUGGCUCUUACUAUUUCACAUGCAGUUUAUCCCCCUCCUUCUGGCGGCCUAUUGUGCUAAAACAACACCGGUCUCUCUCUCUCUCUCUUUUUUGUGCACACUGUGUGAAUGUGAAUAGCAUCACAGAGCUCCACUGCAGCCUGCUGUUUCAGUUUUGAUGUGGACACAAACAAGCCAAGUUGUUCCCUGCUAUGCUCGCUGUUUAAACACAUUUAAAGAGUGUAUUGUUUGCUGGAAUUCAGUUUUUGUGUGUGUGUGUGUGUGUGUGUGUGUGUGUAUUUCGGUUUGUUUAAGCUGCUUAAGUUUUACCUGAUUCAAAACUUAAAAAAAAAAUUAACCAAGUGCACCAAGUUAAAAUGAAUAAAUAAAUAAAUAAGUGUAAUAAGACUCCAGAAAACGUGCUGGUUCCGUUGGAGCUUGCUCUGAAGCGUCCUGCUGCUGCUGCACACUGCUGUUCAGUUGGCUGAAAUAAAAUUUUGCCUCUCACAAUUGAUUUGGCUCUUUUAAAGCCUUUCUGAACAUGGAAAACCAUUAUAAUAGUCAUAGCAGUAAUCUUUCUGCUGUGUCUUCAUCUCUGUAAAUAAUUGAAAUCUAAUUAUCAUUUAAGAAGCAAAACAUUUUCUGUCACAAAGAGAUGACAGGAUAGAGCAGGAGAGAGCAGAUAUUUCCUAACAUUGUGCUUUCUGCUCUCACGCCUGUUGCUGUGCACUGCUAGCCAGCUGGCUCAAACAAAUCCUCAACAUUUUACGUUUUUUAACAAAAAUAACAAAUUUAGCUUCUUGAAACAUUUUGGAUCAUAAAAAACAUGACCUGUAAUCGCAUUAAAAUGUGAGUUGACUGCUGGAUGGCUACAUGUGCAGACAGCACAAGUAAUAAACCAGCUGUUAUCAUUUGAUUAUUCUUGCUUUACUCUGUGGAGAGCAGCAAAAACAUCAAAUUUUCAAAGCACAGUUAAUCUUGAGUCUUCCCUCUUCGAAACCAUCUACACUGAGGAGUGUUGGUACGAACUCAACCUGUUAGCACUUGGCUGAGGUCAGUGAUUCAAUGGCUUUUCAGCCAGCAGUCCGACCUGCUCAAGCUGAGAACUGAUUCCAGCUGAUUUCUUUGUGCAUCUCUGUUGUUUUAUUUGCUUCCUCUUGUUAAGAACAGAACAGCAAAAACAUGUAAUAAUGUCCACAUUAAGCACCUGAGAAACUCUGAAAAAAGUUUCUAGCAGGUGUUCAUUCUUCAAUUUUUGCCUAAUUAUAUGUAUCAAAGUGAAGAUCGGGA